AUGCCGUACCAAUGCACGUUUUGCACCGAGGUCUUCAAGACUAAGUACGACUGGCAAAGGCACGAGAAGUCGCUCCACCUACCGCUGGAGAGAUGGAUCUGCGCACUCCAAGGCUCUCGCACUACGAAGGAGUCCAUCGGAGAGCAAUGCUGCGUCUUCUGCGGCGAGGUGCAACCGGAUGACAAGCAUAUCGAAGCGCACCACUACUCGGCAUGCCAGGAAAGGAGCUUACAAGAACGUACCUUCCAUCGGAAAGAUCAUCUCGUUCAGCAUCUGCGCUUGGUGCACGGCGUCGAAUUCUCCGAAUGGUCGAUGGCGCGCUGGAUGUUGCCUAUACCAGAUGUCAGGUCAAGAUGCGGGUUUUGCGGUACCACUAUGAAUACAUGGCUUGAGAGGACCGAUCAUCUUGCCGAUCACUUCAAGUCUGGUGUUACGAUGGCUAGUUGGCAAGGUGACUGGGGUUUUGAUGCAUCUGUCAUACCGCUGGUCGAGACUGCUAUUCCGCCCGAUCUCAUCGAUUGGGAACGAGGUACCCUCAUUCCCAUGAAAGGCAGCGAUCCAUCUUGGGGUACUCCACCAAACGCCUACGAAUUGCUUAAAGUCGAAAUCGAGUUCUUCAUUCAGCGGUAUUUCGACAAGCACGGAUACUUACCUGACAAUGACGCGAUGCAGCUAGAAGCAUGUCGCAUCAUCUUCGCAGCCGAAACUACUUCCGUCAUGCACGGACCAGACACAAACCAUCUUCACGAGGUCUCGUGGCUGCGAGACCUGAUGAUGUCAUCACAUGAGCUGACUGAACACGCAAGGUUUCAGCCCGUUCGAUCUUCUCGCGAGAGCAGACAUUUCCCGUUGCGCAUCAAUGCCAAGGAUCAUCUCUUCGAACAAUGCCCGCUAGAAGCGCAGCUUCGCGCUUUCGUGAUUCAGCGCGUGGGGACGGGUGAGACACUGGACGAUGUGCAACUGCAUCAUGAAGCAUGUCAGAUUGUUCGGCGCAUGGAGCAAGAGUCCAGUACGCCAUCUGACGUCUUCGCUAAUUGGAUAGUCAAAGGAAUCUACUCGGGCACGAAUUGGAUAUCGCUCUUCAAGCAACGCGCAGGUAUCUCCGACGUUGUAUCUACCAACAUCCCGGCAGAUCAUGGCUUGGGCGAGCUACUAGACCUAUCCUGGCCAGCCUCGCCUCCCAAAGAAGCAUCCACGUCCGCUCUCGGGACCGCAAGUCCAUCCAAGCAAACCCACGACUACUUCACUACACUUCCCACCUUCUCCGAAGAGCCCAUAAUCUCGCCUGAAUCUACCGCGCAGACGGACAUGUACGGUCGGUUGCGAUCGCUGCUACCGGACGACACAAACUUCUACCGGAUCUUUGACAGCGACAUGAGGAGAUGGGCGGCAUCGACGCUUUCACCGAAGAACCCAAACUGCCACGUCCCUUCCGACGAAGAGAUCCAGCAUCAGGCGCGAUGGAUCAUGUAUGAUGGUGACGACCCAUGGAACCAGACGCCUGCGGAUUUCCCGAACUGGUUGUCACGGUUCAAGAGGGAGGUUGGGAUUGUGGCGAAUGACGAGGGAGUGAAUCCUGGUGAUUUGGUGAUGUGA